AUGUCUCUGCCAAAACGCAUCAUCAAGGAGACCGAAAGGCUCAUCGCCGACCCAGCACCUGGAAUCAACGCAACGCCGCACGAGGAUAAUUUGAGAUACUUCGACGUUGUCAUCUCUGGUCCCUCACAGAGCCCCUUUGAAGGCGGCGUUUUCCGUCUUGAGCUCUUCCUGCCAGAGGAGUACCCUAUGUCCGCUCCGAAGGUUCGCUUUCUCACAAAGAUCUAUCAUCCAAACAUUGACAAGCUUGGCCGCAUCUGCUUAGAUAUUCUCAAAGACAAGUGGUCUCCCGCCCUUCAAAUCCGCACAGUCCUUCUCUCCGUUCAGGCUUUACUGUCUGCUCCCAAUCCGGACGAUCCGCUUGCCAACGAUGUCGCCGAACAUUACAAGAAGGAUGAAAAAGGAGCCAUCGAAGUCAGCAGAAAAUGGACGGAAUUAUAUGCCAAAUAA